AUGGGAAGUGCUUGGGCGGCCUACUCCUACAAUCAGGGCCGCUUUCAGUUCGAUGCAGGUCAGAAGCAGACAUCCGCACACCAAAUGAUAAACAUGCGCAUCCAGCAGUGGGGUCUCUUCAGGGAGGACAUUCGUGAUCUCUUCAACUUGACCACAUCGCAUAUGAGCACCUACAUGGUGGUCGGCACCUUGUUCUUGGGCUUCAGUGUCAGCUUCAUCUGGAACAGCCCCAAUUUUCCAGCAAAUCCUCCCUGGCUGAAGCUCUUCUGGAUCAACACUUUUGUUGCAGCCAUGUGCUACGGCUUCCUUGCAGUGUGGCUGGCUAUGCAUGGCGCGAUCGCAGCUCAAUCUGCCAGUGUGCAGUUGUUGACCCGCGCGGUGCGACCUCCAUAUCCGACCGCUACGGAACUCAAGCAAGUUCGACAUGAGCUUGCACAGUACGAAGCCUCGCCGCAGAAGUUCUUUACACCUCCAAACCUUCUUGGCGCAGAAGCAGCAGCUGGAGCAGCGGGCCGGAGAACUUCUCAGCCAGCAGGGCUCGAACUUCAAAAUGCACAAGUGAGCGCUCAGGUGGGCUUCAAAGAGACCCGCUUAAAUAUGUCAGCCCUGCUUGACCCUGACAGGAUGCUUUGGAGGAUUCGUCGCUACCCACAGGAACACCACUUCAAGGUCCGCAAGGUCCGCAAGGCUCUACAGGACAAUUGCCUUUGUCAAGAAUUGUGCACAUCCUAA